AUGACGGAUUCCAUAGAAGACCUCGAAUCGCUUUAUCGCCUCAGAUACCUUUCCGGCGUCGCCCUUUCAGUAAUGGUGUAUGACCAUCUACUCACGUUAAACGAGGAAUUCUCGAAUAUCUGGGCAGCUCCGAAUCGAGAUUAUUUUCAAAAGCUGAUGUUUGUGAUAAAUCGAUAUUAUACAGAGGCCAUGGUUAUGUACGUUGUAUAUGUUUGCAGUGGUUUAGCAGACCUUGACGACGCGCUAAUUUCAGUAUUACCGAACCGCGCUGACUGGUAUACCGAGGCUGCAGUUUUCAUCACCCUCCGAGUCUAUCAUUCUUGGGACAAGCGCAAGCGGGUGGCAAUCAUUCUACUGGUUGCAUUUAUUAUUUUCAUGGCCGCUGCUGCUGCUCUUGCAGUCAUCUCUGCUGUAGACGUCCAACCUGCUAUCCACUUCGUUUCGUUCCUAAAGGCAUGCAUGGUUCCUGAUAUCCCAAUCACAUUUCCAUUUAUGAUGGGAACCCUACUUGGUUUCGAUCUCUUUAUAAUCCUCGUAGCCUUUUUCAACGCAUUCGAAACACCGCACAAGACACAUGCGGAUGUCCUGGAUACCCUUCACAGAGAUGGAGCUAGGUCAUUUGUUGUGAGUUGUGGUCAAGCCCCUUUCUCGAAAUAUCUGUGCUCAAGUGCUGGUGAAUACCGUAAAAUCAAGGCUAUCUUUUUACUUCGACUAGGAUGCUUGAUCGUGUCUGUCAUCGGGAUGCCUGCCGACUGUUUUGGCGCUCUAAGCGUAAUGUGGACUUUAACCGCUAUCAUCUCUUCUCGAAUACAUCUACGCGUCGAAGGAUUGAAAUUCACAACGCUCGCAUUUGGUUCGUCAUUCCUGGUGAUAUGA